AUUCUUUGGAGCAAACUUUCUCACCCGCUGACCACGUUUAAAACGAAAAGGCAAACCGCACCAGCAGGCGCGAGAGCAAGAAGAGCAGGGGGCGUGUCCACCCACAUCCGGCUGAGGGCUUCCUGGUCGCCUCCGCCAGAGCGCCCCUCGCUCUCUGCGCUCCCACUUCCCUUGGCGGUCGGACCAGCGGCUUCCCGCGGCCAGGCUCCGGUACCCAGCCCGGUUCCCCAGACUCCCCGCUCGGAUGGCCCGCGACUCCGCCCCCAGAGCGCCGGGAGCACCUGUCCCGCCGCAGAGACAGGGUGUGAUUGAAGAGCUAGCGCCAUGGCCUUGGUGCCCUAUGAGACUGCAGGAGUGGGGCUCCAGAAAUUCCACAAGCCGCUCGCCACCUUCUCCUUCGCUAACCACACGAUCCAGAUCCGACAGGACUGGAGACACCUGGGGGUCGCAGCAGUGGUGUGGGAUGCGGCUGUCGUGCUUUCCACGUAUCUGGAGAUGGGAGCGGUGGAGCUCCGGGGCUGCUCGGCCGUGGAGCUGGGGGCCGGCACCGGGCUGGUGGGCAUAGUGGCCGCCCUGCUGGGUGCUCAAGUGACUAUCACAGAUCGAAAAGUAGCCUUAGAAUUUCUGAAGGCAAACGUCGAAGCCAACUUACCUCCCCACGUUCAACCCAAAGCUGUUGUGAAGGAGCUGACUUGGGGACAGAACUUGGCGAAUUUUUCACCUGGAGAAUUCGACCUGAUACUUGGAGCCGACAUCAUCUACUUAGAAGAAACAUUCACAGAUCUUCUUCAAACCCUGGACCACCUCUGCAGUGAGCGCAGCGUGAUCCUGCUCGCUUGCCGGAUUCGCUACGAACGUGACAGCCGCUUCUUAGCAAUGCUGGAGCGGCAAUUUUCUGUGAAUAAGGUUCACUAUGAUCCUGAAAAAGAUGUUCAUAUUUACAAAGCACACAAGAGCAGCCCGAAGGAGGAGUUAUAGUUGGCUGUAACUUGCAUGUGUAGCGGCAUUGGGCAUGUCCACCAAGGGCCUAACCUGGAAUUCCAACCAUAACCAGUGACCACCUUGUAUGGAAAGGUUAGAAGAUUGAAAGCCACGCAGUGCCUCGUCCCACCAUGAUGUUUUCUCAUAGUUCCUGCCCUCGGAACCUUCGUGAACAUUAAAGGAGAGGAUGAGCCUUUG